CGGGAAGGUGGGGUCACGCCGUACUGUACUUGAAGUUUAACACUAGACCUAAAAUGAUCGUUGCAUGUCUUAUCAGUGCUCUUGUAACAACAGUGGUGAUCAUACUUCUGUCGAAUAUUGUCACGAAGAAGAAGCCACCAAGAGUGGACGGCCAUGUUGACAGCGGAUUUGAAGAAGUGUUCAGAGAAUUCCGGAGGUGCCAUGAACAGAAUUUAGAUGUAGGUUCGGCCGUCGCUGUAUAUUACAAAGGAAAGAAAGUGGUGGAUCUAUGGGGUGGCUAUGCAGAUUACGAAGCAGAGGAACCAUGGCAACAAAACACCAUGACAAUGGUCUUUUCCGCAACUAAGGGAGUGGCGGCGCUGUGUGUUGCAGUAGCUGUAGAUCGAGGCUAUCUGGACUAUGAUCAGAAAGUGUCCCACUAUUGGCCAGAUUUCGCACAGAAUGGAAAAGAAAAUAUUACAGUACGACAAGUUGUCUGUCACGAGGCUGGAAUACCGAUGACGGCUGAACCGCUGACGUUUUCUAUGCUGGAGGACCAACACGCUCUCGGAGAAACACUAGCCUCAAGUAAAUUACUAUGGGAGCCAGGUACAAAGCAUGGAUACCAUUCUGUUGCAUACGGUCUUCUGCUCAGUCAGUUAAUACAGCGAUCGGACCCCAAGCAUCGAACUAUUGGUGAAUUCUUUCGCGAGGAGAUUAGCAAACCAUACGGAAUAGAUUUUCACAUUGGACUACCGAAAAAGGAACAUUAUCGAGUUGCCCGUAUAUUAGUUCCAUCUCCUUUCACAUUGACGUUACAUUUACUACAAAUGUUGACCAGUUCUCGAAGCUAUAAGUUUGCAAUGGCGAUGUUCAAUCCACGCACUCUAACAUCGAAGGUUCUUCGAAGCACAAAUCAUAUUGUGUCUCUUCCAAAGAUGAAUUCGCUCAAGUUUCGAUCGUUAGAAAUUCCCUCUUUAAAUGGCAUUGGUACAGCCAGUGGAUUGGCCAAGCUGUAUGGCAUUGUAGCAAACAGCGGCACACUGGGGAAGACUCUAUUGUCCGAGGAUACUAUUGAGUUAUUUACUUCAAAAUGCACGCCCGUUAGAAUGGAUCAAAUUAUAAUGUUACAAACUCAGUGGUGUCUAGGGUUACAUCCUCAUUUUGACACCAUACCUCAGUUAAAUUUGAAGGGUGUGUAUGGCCACAAUGGUUAUGGUGGCCAGGGAACUUUCUUCGACAAGGCCAAUAAUUUGUCGUUCGCUUACGUCACCACAAAGUUGUCUGCCUAUGGAAUGGGAGAGGAUCCUAGAUACGUUGCCAUGGUGACCGCAAUUUAUUCAAGUAUAGAGAAGCUGAAGAUGAAUGACUAG